AGAUCUCCAUACAUGGCCAUGUUUGGUACUGAUGUGAAAAUUGGUUUGUCAUCAUUUUUACUACCAGCUGAAACAGUGGAAAAAUUAACCACUGAACAAGAAUUGGAAGAAAUAUUGCAAAGUGUCGUGUCAAACUAUGAACAAAGAGAAAAUCAUAGUGUUUCCGAUAAUUACUGUGAAUCGUGUGGCUGUACUCUUGGUAAUGAACAAACAUCUAUUUGUGGUUUGUGUGAUAAAAAAAACACCAUAGAAAAUGAGAGAAGCAAUUCAAAAUUAUCGCUUGAGCAACAAGCAAAAAAAAUGAAGUUCAGAUCCAUCAACAAAUUCCCACCAUGCAAUGUUGGCGACACAGUUAGAGUCAAACUACCAGAAGUAGACAGAAGUAAGGGUGAUCCACAGAAUGUACUCUUUGCGAUUGUGUCUAUAAGUGAUAAUCAAUAUUACGAACUCGGUAAUAAAAAUGGCACUCUUCAUCAACUUUAUUCCAGAAAUCAAUUCACUGUAUGCUCUGAACCAUUAAUAGAUAUUUUAGAAGUUUUAGCCACAAAAAAAUCUUUGCGUGAAAUAGCUAAUGAACAAUCUUUUUCCGGUGGUCAAGGUUUUAAGAAGUGUUUAUGUAAAACUACAUGCUUAACAAAUAAAUGUAAAUGCAAAUCCGGGGGAAUACUUUGUAAUUCUAAAUGUCAUCCAAACUCAAAUUGUUCUAAUAAAUAAUUGUAUUUCGCUUAAAAUAAAUAGUAAAUAGUAAAUAGUAAAAUUGUUCAAAUAUAUAAUUUAUAGUUUAAUCGUAAUAAUAAUAAAUAAUUUUUUUUUGAAUUAGUAUAAUUUGGUUUUUGCUACUAGAAAGACUUUGUAUAAUCUGUACCAUUUACCGAAGUUAUAAGUUUACGAUUAUAGUUAUACGAAUACAUUAUCCACAGCACACCGGAUAAUGUAUAAAUUGAUUGGAUACUACAUAUUUAAGGUGGAUAAUGUAUACAUUACACUGUUCGUAUGGAUGAGGUUCACAUUACCCGGGUAAUAUGUACACUAACCAUUUUUAUACUUUACCCGUAACAUAUAUAUAAACA